AUGCUUGACAAUAAAAGGUUUUGUGGCUCUAGCCAUGGUUGGAUAGCAACAGUGGAUGAUGCUAAUCAACAUGUCAUAACUCUAAUCAAUCCUUUUAAGAACGUAGCUCCCAUUGUUCUGCCAUGGUUACCUAUUGGAAUGUCAUUAGAUAGGGUUGUUUUGUCUGUUGACCCCUUAACGAAGCCGAAUGACUAUGUGGUUGCUGCGAUUCACUCGUGUCGUUGCAGACUUUCAUUAAUAAGAGCAGGUCAAGAAUUUUGGACUUAUGUACAGAAUACUGGUGUUUGGUACAUUGAUAUCACAUUUUAUAGAGGUCUAGUAUAUGCUGUGUGUGGCCCGAUUGGUUGGAAGUACAGAAUUGUGUCCUUCAAACUUCCUUAUUCCAGUAUGGAGAAGAUAAUUCCAAAUGUUUUCUAUCAAGAUAGUUAUCUUCAAGGAGCCUGUCUUGUGAAAUCAUUAGAAGGAGACUUAUGGAUGGUGACAAGUUUUCAGGUAUAUAAGUUGGAACUAGAUGCUCAAAAUGGAAAAGUUUUGCAAAUGUUGAAACUAGAGAGUUUGGGAGAUAAUGUUUUGUUUAUAAGUGAUUUCGGCGAUUCAACUGCUGCGUCAUCUUUCUAUUUCUCUAAUUGUCUGCAAAAGGACUUAAUUUACAACGCCACCAAUGAUUAUGACGAUGGCUCACUAUUUGAUUUAAGGGUCUAUAAUGUAAAGGAGGGAAGAUUUAUAAAACAUGACCCUCCCAUUAAUCCUUCAGUCAAGAAUGAGUCACCUACGUUAUGGAUUCUACCACAAUUUCAAUGGGAUUGA